GAUGCGGUGCGGGAGGCAGCCCCGGCUGCUGGGACAGCUCUAGAGGAUGAGGUGCAGGAGGCAGCCCCGGGUGCUGCGACAGUCCCCGAGGAGGCGUUGGGGACAGUCCCUAAGGAUGAGCUGCAGGAAGCAGUGCCGGCUGGGACUGUGCCCGAGGAGGGGGCGGCCCCGGUGGGGACAGCCCCUAAGGGUGAGGUGCAGGAGGCAGCUCCAGGUGAUGUGACAGUCCCCAAGGAUGAGGUGCAGGAGGCAGCUCCAGGUGAUGUGACAGUCCCCAGGGAUGCGGUGCAGGAGGCAGCCCCGGCAGGGACAGUCCCCAGGGAUGCGGUGCAGGAGGCAGCCCCGGCAGGGACAGUCCCCAGGGAUACGGUGCAGGAGGCAGCCCCGGCAGGGACAGUCCCCAGGGAUACGGUGCAGGAGGCAGCCCCGGCAGGGACAGUCCCUGCGCAGGGAUGCGCGGAGGCUGCCGAGAGCCGCGGGGCAGCGCAGGUGGCGUUCCCCGCCCCAGGGCUCCCCGCUGGCGGCCCGCGGUCCCCGGGCGGCCCCGGCGGGGCAGAGGCGGAGCGGGGACCGGCAGCCCCGGCGGGGACCGCAGCCCCGGGGCCCGGGAGCGGCUGGGACGCGGCGGAGCGGAGCCUGAACGGGGAGCGGGAGCCGGAGCAGCACCAGGAGGAUGGGACGGGCUCGCCGGGCGCCCUGGAGGAGGAGGAGGAGGAGGAGGAGGAGAAGCAGGAACACGACAUCUCCCUCUUCGUCAAGGCUGGCAGUGAUGGGGAAAGUAUUGGGAACUGCCCAUUCUCUCAGCGCCUCUUCAUGAUCCUAUGGCUCAAAGGUGUCAUAUUUAAUGUCACAACUGUGGAUCUGAAAAGGAAACCUGCGGACCUGCAGAACCUGGCCCCCGGCACCAACCCCCCGUUCAUGACCUUUGAUGGGGAAGUGAAAACCGAUGUCAACAAGAUCGAGGAAUUCCUGGAGGAAAAGCUGGCGCCGCCCCGGUAUCCCAGACUUGCACCGAAGCACCCCGAGUCAAACUCUGCGGGAAAUGACGUCUUUGCAAAAUUCUCUGCAUUUAUAAAGAACCCGAGAAAAGAUGCAAAUGAAAAUUUGGAGAAAUCUUUGCUUAAAGCCCUGAAGAAGCUGGACAACUAUUUAAAUAGCCCCUUGCCUGAUGAAAUCGAUGCUUACAGCACGGAGGAGAUCACUGUUUCCAGCCGGAAAUUCCUGGAUGGAGAUGAGCUCACUUUAGCAGAUUGUAACCUCCUACCAAAGCUCCACAUAAUCAAGGUCGUUGCAAAAAAAUACCGAAAUUUUCAUUUCCCACCUGAAAUGACAGGGAUUUCAAGAUACUUGAAAAAUGCAUAUGCAAGAGAUGAAUUUACAAACACGUGUCCUGCUGACCAGGAGAUUGAAUAUGCAUAUUUGGAUGUGGCAAAGAGGAUGAAGUAAGCAGAGGAUGCCUGUGUUUAUUGCUUCUGUGAUGGGCAACAGCCAAGCUGGAAAAGCAAACGCCAGCAGAGAUUCUGCGGACUGAUUCUGAGUUCUGCUAUUGGCCAAUCCUUUUAUAAUGAUUGUAUUGCAUUAUUUACUCCUUCUUAAA